AUGAUCACGCUCAUUAUGGACAGUGGUUAUUUCAAAUACCAAGGCGAAUUUUACCAGCAGAUUGAGGGCAUGCCGAUGGGGAAUUGUUUGUCGCCGGUUGUUGCGGACAUUACCAUGGACCACAUUAUCCGUGUGGCUUUAGACACUGUUCCAUCACCCCCACCCAAAUUGGUACUCAAAUACGUAGAUGACCUGUUUCUUGUGGUGCAUAAGGAUGUCGUCAAUCAAUUACUACUCCAUUUCAACAGCAUUAAUGAGAAAAUCAAAUUUACUCACGAGCUGGAAAAAGAAGGCGAACUACCAUAUUUGGAUACAAUGGUGAAGAGGAACGAGGAUGGCACUCUCUCAACUAGAUGGUAUCAGAAGCCUAUAGCAUCAGGUCGGAUUCUCAAUUUUGCAUCUCUCCACCCAAUGAAACAAAAAAUUAACACAGCUGAGGGGCUCAUACACAGAGUGAAGUCUCUCACGACUGAUCCUCUCACCAAUACUGAUGCAACCAUCACUCAUUUGCUAAAAAAGAACAACUAUCCGCAAGACUUGAUUGUGAAGCUGCUGGAAAAGCAAGGGGGAGUGAGACGGAGAAAUGGAGUUGAUGACUCUUUCAACACGAUCGCUGAGACCAAAUUCUGCUCAAUGACUUACAUAAAGGGACUAAGUGAGGGGAUAGCCAAAACUAUUAAGAGACACUCGAAGGAUGUGACGCUUUGUUUCAAGGCUGACAACACCUUGGGACGUUCAUUCACGAACAUGAAGGAUCGUACCCCUCUGCUGGAGAAAUCCAAUGUUAUAUAUCGCAUUCCUUGUGGUGGCUGUCGUAAAUACUACCUCGGCAGGACCUCGAGAAAAUUGGGUACAAGGAUAUCGGAACAUGAGCGAUCUACCAGGGAUUUUUCUAAGAUGGCAUCUUCUCUUGUUUCUCACAUGCGUGAGGAGCAUCAUAAUUUCGCCUUCAAUGAAGUGAGUGUAGUGGACUCCACCAAUAGAUCGCAUCAACUCAACUACAUGGAAGCCUUUCACAUCAACGCUCACAACCGCGCGGGGAUGUGUGUGAACCAUCGGCAUGAGGGCAAUGACCUCAACCACAUCUUCAGUGCACUCAUCCCAUUGGCCGCAACUUGA